AGGAAGAGAGCCAUUGCUUCUUCAUCAUCAACACCACAAUCAACCUCAAGAACUCUCUCUCUCUCUCCAUGGAAGCAGCAGUGCCACGCCUCGUCUACUGUGGACCGGAGCCAAUUCGAUUCUCCGUCUUCCCCCGCCGCUCCUUCGUCUCCGGUAUUCCUCACCGUCGUCGAUCCCGACGGAUUCUAGCCGUCGCUACUGAUCCCAAACCUACGCAGACUGGUCCACCCAAGUCCACCACUGUAAACGGAUCUUCUACAUCCUUUUCGUCAAAAGUAGUCAACAACAAUGUUUCCACGAGAAUCAACGAUGUAUCAAAAGAGAUUAAAAGAGUGAGGGCUCAAAUGGAGCAAGACGAACAAUUGUCUGUGUUGAUGAGAGGACUUCGUGGGCAGAAUCUGAAGGAUUCAGUCUUCGCCGAUGAUAAUAUUCAGCUAAGGCUUGUCGAGACUGGUGAAAGCAGUGAGUUUUUGCCUUUGGUAUAUGAUCCAGCUACCAUUUCUGCUUACUGGGGGAAACGGCCACGAGCCGUCGCUAGUCGAGUUGUGCAAUUACUUUCAGUGGCAGGCGGGUUUCUCUCGCGUCUUGCAGGGGAUAUCAUAAACAAGAAAGUCAAAGAGAAUGAGGUUUCUAGGGCAAUUGAAUUGAGGGAAAUAGUUACUUCCUUGGGUCCAGCGUAUAUUAAACUUGGGCAAGCUUUGAGUAUUCGACCAGAUAUCUUGUCCCCUGCUGCAAUGACAGAACUACAGAAGCUUUGUGACAAGGUCCCUUCAUUUCCUGAUGAUGUAGCAAUGGCUCUUAUCGAGGAGGAGCUUGGGAAGCCAUGGUUCGACGUUUACUCAGAGCUCUCUCCUUCUCCAAUCGCUGCCGCAUCCCUGGGACAAGUGUACAAGGGAAGAUUGAAGGAAAACGGGGAUCUAGUGGCAGUGAAAGUACAGAGGCCUUUUGUUCUUGAGACUGUGACUGUUGACUUGUUUGUUGUUGUGCCAAAAACAUACCAAAAGUACACGUCAAGGAAGGUUCUUACAACGUCAUGGAUUGAUGGCGAAAAACUGUCACAAAGUAUUGAGAGUGACGUCGGUGAACUUGUAAACGUUGGGGUUAUUUGUUACCUAAAGCAGUUGCUUGAUACUGGAUUUUUCCAUGCCGACCCUCAUCCUGGAAAUAUGAUUCGUACCCCAGACGGGAAGCUUGCCAUCCUCGAUUUUGGUCUUGUUACGAAAUUGACUGAUGAUCAGAAGUACGGAAUGAUUGAAGCCAUUGCACACUUAAUCCACCGAGAUUAUGAUGCCAUUGUGAAAGAUUUUGUCAAGCUUGGUUUCAUCCCUGAUGGAGUCAAUCUGGCGCCAAUUCUACCUGUCCUGGCCAAGGUUUUUGAUCAGGCACUCGAAGGUGGCGGAGCUAAAAACAUCAACUUUCAGGAGUUGGCAGCAGAUUUAGCACAGAUCACUUUUGACUAUCCAUUCAGAAUUCCACCUUACUUCGCCCUUAUAAUUAGAGCAAUUGGUGUGCUCGAAGGGAUAGCUCUCGUAGGGAAUCCUGAAUUUGCUAUUGUCGACGAGGCUUAUCCCUAUAUCGCUCAGAGGCUCCUGACUGAUGAAUCACCUCGCCUGAGGGAAGCUUUACGCUACACAAUAUACGGGAAAACUGGCGUUUUUGAUGCUGAAAGAUUCAUCGACGUGAUGCAAGCCUUUGAGACUUUCAUUACAGCAGCCAAAAGUGGAGGAGGGGAAGAUAUGAAUGGAGGCAUGGCUGAGCUGGCUCUUAUGCAAAACCAGACAAGCGGUCUGGUCUCUAUGUUUCCAGCCAGUGCAUCCCAACCGAACCAGCCAGCUCAAACGAGAGUCGCUUUGUCUUUUCUGCUUUCCGAGAAAGGAAACUUCUUCCGCGAGUUUCUACUCGAUGAGAUAGUCAAAGGCAUAGAUGCAAUCACAAGAGAACAGCUGGUGCAAGCAAUGGCGGUCUUCGGGUUCAGAAACGCGACGCCAAUCUUCGGUAUGGUACCAACGUUGGGACCCUUCAAGCCUGCAGCACUUCUUCCAUCUGUAACAGAAGAAGACAAAGUUAUCUUAAACAAUGUUCAGAAAGUAAUCGAGUUCCUUACCGCAAGAAGCUCCAUGUCGAAUAAUCCUGAUCAGGUCGUAGAUGUAUCUCAAGUGGUUCGUGAACUGCUUCCUGUGUUGCCUGGAAUCUCUGCGACAGUACUGCCAGAGAUUAUGAGCCGGCUUGGGUCACGAGUGAUGGCGAGAAUAGUUCGGGAUACGUUUUUG